GCUUCUCCCUUCAGCAAACAGGAAUGGCUAUGCUUCUGUAGUCAAACAUAAUUAUAUCUUUAUAUUAUAUUAUAUCUUAUAUCUUGCCUGAUGAAAAGUCAUUCAUAAAUCCUCUUAUAGCUGUGUUACAAUGAAUGACUCGAACCUAACAUAUGACAACAGUCUUCCAACGUUGAUCAAUGCAGAUGACAGCCGACCGCAGAGUCUCGUAUCGAACGCGUAGUUUCUCUAAGUUUAUUGAUCACCGGUCGAUUGGUUGACCGUAAAAGCGACUGGUUUUGUGUUCUCUGUCAUUGGUCUAAUCAUGCUUCAGAUAGGAGAUGGUCUCACACUGUUCUCUGUCGUCUUUGUCGUGGUUCUACUGGGAACCAGAAGCGCCGUAUGGUCCACGGUGCUCACGACCUCGCUCUACUUCUUCCUGGUAAUGUUCCGGUUCCCACAGGUCCCGUCCAGCAGGGCCAGACAAGUGUUGCGGCCCGAGAAUAGAGUCACCCCGAGCGGCGUGUCAGCGGUUGCGCACCGCGGCGGUGGACACGACGCCCCCGAGAACACCAUAGCUUCUAUACGAGCGGCCAGUGAGAAUGGAGCCACAGGUGUGGAGCUGGAUCUGGAGUUCUCGGCUGAUGGUGUUCCUAUUCUGAUGCACGAUGACACCGUGGAUCGGACCACAAAUGGAUCGGGUCCACUCAGUAAAAUGCUCUUCUCUGAACUCUGUAAAUUAGAUGCUGCAGCCAAACACAGAUUCAGUGACCGUUUCCGGGGUGAGAAGAUUCCUAAGCUGCAGGAGGCUGUAGAAGAAUGCAUCAAACACCAGCUGACCAUUUACUUUGAUGUCAAAGGUCAUCCGGAUGAGUCGGCUGCAGCCCUGAAGGAGCUGUUUCGAAAAUAUCCUGUGCUCUACAACACAAGUAUCGUCUGCUCUUUUGAACCGAAAGUCAUCUAUAGGAUGAGGCAGGCCGAUGCUGACGUGGUGACAGCAUUGACCCAUCGGCCGUGGAGCCUCAGUCAGUUGGGCGACGGGACCCCACGGUUCUCAUCCUUAUGGAAACACCACUGGAUGCAGGCUCUGGACGUGCUCCUCGACUGGGCCCAUCAUCAUCUGCUGUGGAACUUGUGUGGAGUCUCUGCGUUCCUGGUGCAGAAAAACUUUAUCUCUCAGGACUAUGUGAAGUACUGGACUGACCGAGGGGUAGAGGUGGUGGCCUGGACUGUGAACACGGCAGUGGAGAAACAAUAUUACCAGCAGCUCCUAAAGAUCAACUACAUCACUGACAGUCUGGUAGAAGAUUGUGAACCUCAUUACUGAAAAUAUGAAUGUACUUUUUCAGGUCCUACAAUAGUGGUUGUGUUUUAGCUUUUGUUUAAACUUGCCUGAAUGGAAUUAGUCAUGAGACACUUGGUAAAUUUGUACUAUUCCAAAAUAAGUUUUAAUGAGAAACCAUUCAGAGAACUAUAUUGAAUGGAAUACGAAGGAGAAUACUUCCAGAACAUUGUAGUUGUACGAUUGUUUAAAUAUUUUUGCAAAAGCGUGAUCUUGAUAUAUAGUCUAGGCAUUUCUUAACUCCAAAUAUCAUAGAAUGGACAUAUAUUGACAUGCAUAAAUGAAAUGAAUUUAUUAAGGCACGUUAUAAUUUAUGACAAGUGUAAUUUUACAGGGUAACAAAGUGCUUUCUUUAUCUGCAAUUUCCAAAAGGGGAGAUGUAAAUAUCAUUAUUGGAUUUAAUGUACUGUACACACCCACUCAGGGGAACCAUUUAUGAAUAUGUGCUAUUGCAUCAUUAAAUAGCUAUUCUUUUCAAGGCAUUUUGGGGAACAUGAAGGAAGCCCUGGUUGUCUUUUAUAGUUUGGGAGAAACAGCAUAGGAAAGUGCUGAUGAGCUUCAGAUACUGUAAAUGUAUGGCUUUCCUUUAAUUUCAUUCAUGAGAUAUCAUUUGAAUGUGCUAAUUUCAUGCUUAGAAGUCUGUAUUUGAAUAAUAAGAGGUUACAUUCAAAAGUAUGUGCAGAGUUAAAUGAUGUGUUUAUAGCAAGUUUUAAAGCAAUAACACUGUAGGUUCAUCCUGACCUGAGGUCAGUUCUCAGGCAGCUACCUGUUCAUAAUUUUAUGUAGGACACAUACAUUUGUUAAAAAGGCAUGUUUUUCUGAAAUAAAGAAAAGUUCAUAAUGAA